AUGACAAAGUUGCCCCAGGAGCAGACUCACAGAGUGGGCAAAGGCUCCACGUGCCUCCCUUCAAGCAGCGUUCUGCAGGGCUCUGGACAAAGCAGUGAGGCUGCCCGGAGGCCUCAGGAUCCACCCCUGGGAAAGCAGGGUCCUGCAGAUAUGACAGAUUUCCCAAGAUGGCCCAUUGCCGCCCCCUGCUCUGCUGACCAGGUCUCUGCCAGUGCCUGGGCUCGGCUUGGCCCCCAUAACACCACCAGGAAACCGGGUUCAACAGUAACAGGGCCUGGCUCAGUGAAUCAGGGAAACACAGAGCAGGAGGAGGAGCAGGGGGAGGAGGGGGGCAGCGUUGUUCCUACUGUGCUCAAGCUGACACCGACUUCGGGAAAGGCGCAGCCCACAAUAGUGGAGGUCACAGCCCACCCAGGACAGUUGGAAUUCUUUGCUUUUCAGAGCCCCGUGAGACCACCAGGAGCCUCCGGGAAAGUCCAGACAAAAUGCGGGCUGGGAGUGAGCUCCGAGGGCUCUGAGAGGAGAGGGGCCGGGGAAGGAGAGGUCUGGGGAGCAGGGGGAGGGGCUCGGAGGCGAGACAGCCCAAUACGGGUGCCGGCAGGGAGGGCAGGGCCAGCAGAGGGAACAGCUGAGCCUGGGGAGGCAGGAAGCCUGUGUCCCCCGAGCUUCCCCUGGGAGCUGGGAAGGACUGCGGGGCCGCUCGGGGGGAGCCGGGGCUGGGAGUCCCUAAAGGGAAAGUGCAGCCAGGGAGCCGCAAGCCCGAGACCAAGAGCUACGGAUUCAGUUAAGGAGGAGCAGAAAAGAGCGCUGGUCACUGGGUCCAAGGUCAAAGAAGGAGGAGGAGACCCAGUGGCCGGGGCAGCCCGGGGAAGCCAGCAAGUGUGGGGGACGCUGGCUCCGACCUACCUGGGAGCGGCAAGCACGGUUCUGGUUUCCAGAAGACAAAGCGAUCGGAGCUCCCCGGGAAAAGGAGAGAAAGCCCAGAGCUCCUCGGGAAGGGAGGACGACCCGAGGGCCUGGUUGCCAGAUCGCAGUUCCAAGACUUCCGGCUUCCAGUUAACCCCCCUUUGGGAGGGUUUUCCUGGUCCUCAGAGCCCCGCCCUGUCCAUCCUCCAGAGUAUGGAGCCUUUUCCUCGGUUCUCCGGUUUUGUUCAGUUACAUUGACCAGCUUCAAGGAGCUGAAUCAACCAUUGGAUGCUUCAAUCAGUUUGAGCUUAUCACCCCCUCCAUAAAAGA